CUCAAACGUUCAACCAACAGCCAGCUGUGCAUCCACUACUCGAACGCGUUCUUUGCGCCGCGAAGUUUAAUCUUCCAAAGAAAGUAAAAAAAAAAACAAAACUAAAACCAACUUUUCCCCAGCAAUGGCCUCGUUCAAAGCAACCAUCUUCUUCGCCUUCGUUGCCCUGUUUGCGCUCGCCACGGCCAUCCCCGCACCGCAGCGACCGAAAGCCGCUCUGCAGCAGAUCGAGCCGCGACCGGUAGCAGCGGCGUCGUCGGCGGGCGGUUCUCUCGAUGCAGCCGAUGAGCUGGAGGCCGGUGCGGAGGAUCAGGACCUGAAGGGCGCUUCCUCCUAUGGCUACGGAUACUACGGCGGAUUCCCGAGCUACGGCUACGGAUACUACCCGGGCUAUGCCUACUCCUACGGUUGGGGUCGUUAUCCCUACUACCGCUACGGUGGACUGUACGGUGGCUACUGGUACUAGAGCUACUAGAGCGAUCACCAACCAAGACCACGACGGGCAUUUCAUCAGACAACCAAACGCAUCCCGCAUCUCAUCCGCAUGAAGCGCCGCUGCAUCUCAUCUGGAAGGAGAGACAUGAUGAUCCGUUAUCGCACCGGUACCCACCUCUUUCGCCUCAGUAGCCAAGGCGGGCGGGGGCCCGUAUGCCUCUUGGUGCACCAAGUAGCACACUCGCUUCGAUGUGUCUCUCCCCUAUCUGGACGCUUAAAAAUGCAACACGUUUCCAUCUUCCAUUUCUCCACACCAACGCCCCAACACUUGACUCAGCUCUUUGUUAAGCAAUAACGUACCUCUGUCCACUCCCCACCCUACCCCUUUCUUGUCUAUAACUUUGUCUUAUUGUGCUCGAAAGUGACAUCCGCCGGGUGAGCAUGUUCGGUGUUCCGGGAGAUGCCUUCCUGGUACCUGAACUCUCGUUCCGCCGCGGAUUUAAUGCUGCCCCCUAGUAGAGAAAGAGAGAGAAUCCCUGCCUUUAGAAAAAAAAAGAAAAAAAUCUUUUGUACAUUAUGGUUAAACUUCUUUUUUUCUAAUAAAAACAAAGCAUAAAACGGUA